GAAGACGAUUUGACUAAAUCAUAAACAGAGCCCCAUGUUUUACUUUUUGAUGUGUUUUACCAAUACUUUUUGUCAGUAUGCUUAGAAUUCAAGUGAAAAGAAGACCCAGGAAACUUAAAGGUGUCUUGAUUGGAUCAGGCAGCGGCCCGACAGAAAGAAUCAAAUAUCUCCAAUAUAAAGUCAACAGAUUAAUUCGCGAUGAAAGAAUCGAAGGUCGAGAAGACCGGAUCCAUGAGAUCAGGGGUUAUGCGGAGCAGUUACUCAAUCUUGCCAUUCAGAAUGGAGACAGUCACAAACCUACAAUGAUAAUGGCAACAAAUUGGCUUAAGGAAAAGGAGUUGGUGUAUAAGUUGUUUCAAGUGUUGGCACCCCGCUAUGAAAACUACACAACUGCUUUCACAACAGUACACAGGCUUCCUGCGAAUUACCCAUCAACAGGCCUAUACCAGGCUGUACUGGAGUUGAAAGGUAACCCAUAUCCUCCGAUUAUUCCACAUCAAAGAGACAAAUCUGGACUUCUAAGUAACAUUUUGCUAGCAGCUGCCAAAAAAGACUUUUUUAGAGACCAUAAUGAUGAAAUACAAAUGUGUUUUCCAAAAGAAACUUAACGGACAAAGCAGAAGUUUGUAGAGCUGGUGGCUAUGUAGAAAGGGAUUGUGAAAGUGAGAUAUUAAAUUGAUGCGAAACUUCAA